CUAUACACUGCACGAAAAAGAGUUGUCACUGCGGUGUCCGCGAGAAUUUUCGCACGGUUCGUGAUAUUGAAUCAAAACAGCGAAGGGGCUGACUCUGGCUGUCGCUUUGACUCAUAAAUAAAACUGCAAACAUUGUGUGCGUGGAUCGCGAAUUAUUAUGUGUCUGCGAUAAGACAGCGUUCGACAAGAGAAAAGAUUCCCUUUCUAGAAUUGGACCGUGAGCCGCGCUAAAACAGAGAGGACCGCUGGGAGUGACGACCGUUAAGAUGCAAGGAUCGCCGGACGCCAAGAAGCCCUGCAAGGGGAUCCUGAAGACAUCGAGUAGCUUCGACAAACAUUCAGCGGCUGCCAGUCGUAGGAAAAGUGCAAAAUUCGACGAACUGAACGUCCUGCAGACAUACCAUCCGCCCGACAAGGACUACGGCCACAUGAAGAUAGAGGAGCCCAAGACCCCGUACAACUACGAGGACCCAGACCUAAACAACGUCGACCAGCUGGACGCUGACCUCUUAGCCGAAAAGUUGCGGGUGGCGGCCGAUUCUCGAACGUCUUCCAACGAGGAUUCAUCAGAGGACGAGGAGGAGACCGAGGAGCAGAGAGCUCGUCGAUUAGAAUUUGAAAGACGUCGUAAAGCUCACUACAAUGAAUUUGAAGCGGUUAAACUCGCACGGAAGCUUAUAGAAGAGGAGGAUGACGAGGACGAAGAUGAAGAAAAGGCAAGCAAUAAAUUACCAGAAGACAAUGACGAGAAUGGCGGUAGUGAUAAGGAUCACAUGGACACCGAGGAAAAAGAAGAUGCUCAAAAUACUUCGCCAUCUUCAGAACACUAGGUUAUGUUUUAAAUCAUGCAAUAAAAAUAAUCAACAACAGCAACAUCAACAACAAAACAACAAUAAGCUUAAAAUAUUAAUUGAAACCAAGAUGAAAGAAAGGAAUAAUAACAAUUGCAAGAAAUACAAUUAUCAGUUUUUAAGCAAUAUAAAUCAGAAUCUUAAAAUUAGUUUAUUUUAUCAAGGAACUUUUUUAAUAAGUAAAAUACUGAAAACAUAUUUUUGUGGUAUUUUUACCAUAGUGCCACAUUUAUAUAAAACUUUUUUAAUUUAUUUGUAAUACUUAAAGACAAGCUGUCUGACCUGAAUUUCUUCUACAUCGCGGUAUGAAAUCUAGAGAAUAUUUCUUAUUUUUUUAAAAAAAGAGCGGGAAAAUUGCAGAAAGAACCCAGUCAUCUCUCAUUCUUUUCUACGUUUAUUUAAACGAGUCAUCGUCAUUCUACUCAUACAUAUAUGCUUCCAUACAAUCAGUCCAGAGUUGAAGAACAAUUUCAUUGAUUUGACUGUUAAGUAAAUGAUAAUAUUAAUUGUAGUAAUAAAAGGAAACCUAAGCAACAGAUUGAACAAUUAAAGAAGGCAAAUGAAACGACGAUGUUUAUGUUUAUUCAAAAUAAAAGAUACAGUUAUGCAUUCUGUAUUGAUUAAUGUGAUUGUAUUAGCUGACAACUGUUAAACUGUUGUUUUAGUGAUUAUAGUGUAUUUUGAAAGGAGAAA